GCUCCUACGGAGUCAGCCCAGCGUGCUUGAACUGAGCUUCUACACGCCAAGGCACACACACCACUGCUCUCUCCCAGAGGCGGAGUUAACACAGUGUUAUCUGAGUUCUGAGACUCGACCCACUGAAACUUCUGGGAAAUGUAGUCCACGGUGAGAACAGUGGAAGACCGGGCGCAUCGUCUGAAUCCAUCUGGUGCUGAGCCCGGGCUUGGCGGAGCACCGGAGACCUCUGGGAGUGCUGGCCAGCCCGGAAGCGCAGGCGCAGACUUCCUGGCUCGCCAUCGGAGUCUUUGUUUGCUGGUCAGCUUCCAUGUGCAUCCCAAGGAGCUGCACUUUCCUUAUCCUUUAAAACCUCUGACAGUCGUCAAGGCUCAGCCUGCAAUCUGGGACACUGCUUUGACCCUCAACAAUACCUUCCAGGUUCCUUUCUCAGUCACCUAACAGUUAUGUGGAUAAUCAGUGCGAAAAGAUUUCCACCAGAAAUUCAACUUUGUUAGAUACCCGAGAAUUGAUACUGGAAAGAAACCAUGUGAAUUUAGUGAAUGUGGAAAACCUUUCAUCUAUGUGACUCGUCAAGAGAUACUCAAGAAGUCUUGAAGAAAAUACCUGCAUGAUAACAAUGUUGAAGAGCCUUCAGACUGAAUCAGAUCUCCUUCAACAUGAUCAAAUUCAUGCUAGAGAGAAACCUUGUGAGUGUAAUGAAUGUGGAAAAACCUUUAGCCUGAAGCAAAACCUCAUAGAGCAUAAGAAAAUGCAUACAGGAGAGAAAUCACAUGAAUGUCAUGAAUGUGGUAAAGUAUUCUCUCGAGUCUCAUCCCUUACUCUACAUUUGAGAAGUCAUACAGGAAAGAAACCAUAUAAAUGCAAUAAAUGUGAAAAGGCCUUUAGCCAGAAAGGAAACUUCCUGUCUCAUCAGAAACAUCAUACUGAAGAGAAACCUUAUGAAUGUGGGAGAGUGUCUAUUCAGAUGCCAGGUCUUAUUAAGCACCAGAGAAAUCAUACUGGAAACAAAUCGUAUGCCUGUAAGGAAUGUGGGAAAGCCUUCAAUGGCAAAUCCUAUCUCACUGAGCAUGAGAAAAUUCAUACAGGGGAGAAACCAUUUGAAUGUAAUCAAUGUGGAAGAGCCUUCAGCCAGAAACAGUACCUCAUUAAACAUCAGAAUAUUCAUAGUGGAAAGAAACCCUUUAAAUGUAAUGAGUGUGGAAAAGCCUUUAGCCAGAAGGAAAACCUCAUUAUCCAUCAAAGAAUACAUACUGGAGAGAAACCUUACGAAUGUAAAGGGUGUGGGAAAGCUUUCAUUCAGAAAUCAAGCCUCAUUAGACACCAGAGAAGUCAUACAGGAGAAAAACCCUAUAUAUGUAAGGAGUGUGGGAAAGCCUUCAGUGGCAAAUCAAAUCUCACUGAGCAUGAGAAAAUUCAUAUUGGAGAGAAACCCUAUAAAUGUAAUGAAUGUGGAACAAUCUUUAGGCAGAAGCAAUACCUCAUUAAACAUCACAAUAUUCACACAGGAGAGAAACCCUAUGAAUGUAAUAAAUGUGGAAAAGCCUUCUCUCGAAUUACAUCACUUAUUGUACAUGUGAGAAUUCAUACAGGUGAUAAGCCUUAUGAAUGUAAAAUAUGUGGGAAAGCCUUCUGUCAAAGCUCAUCUCUUACUGUGCAUAUGAGAAGCCAUACAGGUGAGAAGCCCUAUGGAUGUAAUGAAUGUGGGAAAGCCUUCUCUCAGUUCUCAACUCUUGCUCUACACAUGAGAAUCCAUACUGGAGAAAAGCCUUAUCGGUGUACUGAAUGUGGGAAAGCUUUCAGCCAGAAGUCACAUCACAUUAGACACCAGAGAAUCCAUACUCAUUAAAGUUCUAUGAAUGCCUUGAAUAUAAGAAAACCUUCAACAGAAUUCAUACUUUGUAGUGUAUCAGAAAAUCCAUCUCACAAUAAAGUGACAUGAAUGUGGAAAAUCCUUCAGCAUUCAAAACUUACUGAGAUGUUAAAUAAAAAGUAUAGUGUUAUGAAAACAUGCCUUCGGAACCCACAUAACGAACAUUGUUAAUGCUGUCCUUCUUAGAAGAAUUCUCAUUGAAAUAAAGAUCCUCAUGGACACCAAUCACUAUGGUUCUGGAAGGCCUACCUGUUGCAUUAAAACAAAAAUAUGAGAGGUAUAAAGAUUUAUAAUUAAGAGAAAAUUGUCAUUUGUGUUAUAUGUUUUGGUAUAUGCGUAACCAUCAAUUACUUGCUCUUGAUUCAGUCAUUAAGUAUCAGAUUGUGACAGACUAUUGUAUCUUAAAACAUGCAUGCCUUUAUGAGGAAUUAGUAAUUGACAGCUGUGGUAUCACAAGUUGGUAGGGAAAUCCUGCAUGAGUCAAAAAAAUUGUCUCAGGGUAAUUGAUUCUUCAUAUGGAAAAAUAUUAGAUAUUUGCUGUCAUACAUUAAAAUAUUUAUUAUUAAAUCCAGUAAUAUUGAAGACUAGAAUGCAAAAUGGGAAACAUAAGAAUUGUAUAGGAGAAUGUUUUUAAAACCUUGAAAUAGGAAAGAAUUUCUAAAAUUAAUUCCAAUAUACUCACUCUUGAGUAUAUAUUGAUAACAUGUACCCAGGGAGUCAUGUACCUUUAUGUUCAUUGGAGCAUGAGUUAUAUUAGUAAAAUAUUGAGAACAAAUAUGUGUCUCUUAUGAAAUGGUUGCAUAAAAUAUAAUAUAGUCACACAGUAGAAUAUUCUCUAGUAGUUAAGUACAAGUUAAAUAUAUUAACAAGGAAAACAUGUAGAGUGAAGAAAAAUGAAAGUGAUGAAUAUAUUAUACCUGUGUGAUUCUGAAUUAAGUCACCACUAACCAACACCAGUAUUAAGCAUUGGUUAUAGAUGAACAUUUUGAUGUAAAACUGAAGAAUGUGUUGCAAAGAUACAUACUCAGUUCCCAAAAGUGGUUGCCUCCAGAAAGGUAGUGGAACGGAAAUGGAAUCAAGCAUGGUAGUUAAAGGAUACUUCAGUUUUGUAUCCAAAUAUCUAUCUCCUACUAAAAAGAAAACUUCCAGGUAACCAUAAUAAAAUGUUAGUUAAUUCUGGGUUGUGGCAAUAUACGUGUUUAUUUUAUUUUAUUGUGCUGUUUCUUUUAAACUUCUGAAAAUUAAAAAAGAUAGAGAUAGGAAUAGGGAAGCUGUACAUGAAGUACAUGUUAAAA